GCUGCACAGCACAGGAUGAGGAAAUGGAAGUGAAGCAACAGACUGACUUCACCCCUUUAUUGCCUUGCAAAUAUCCCAGUGUUGAAAACAGAGCCCUCUUGGUCAGACACAACCGUUCAGCUCUGCCCUUGAAUCCGUCGCUCUAUAUCAGCUGAUGGCUGACCCAAACCCCCAGCACCCGGCCACUGGCUCGUCGGCUAAACUCGACCAAGUGCAAGGUCAGGUCAACGAGGUUAAAGUCAUCCUGAAAGACAACAUCAGCAAAGUGCUGGAGAGAGGCGACAGGUUAGACGACCUGAUUGGCAAGACUGAUGACCUGCAGGCAUCGGCUGACUCGUUCCAAAGAACAUCCACACGGGUUGCCAGGAAAUACUGGUGGAAAAACAUUAAAAUGAUGAUUAUAAUCGGUGUGAUUGUGCUGAUCAUCGUUAUCCUCAUCAUCCUCUUUGCCACCAAUGUAAUAUAAAUCCUAUCGGCACUCCUUUUACUACCAGCUCAGGACUGAAAGCAAUCAAACUGGUGGAUGAAGCUCAACCUGCAGACAUCUACUUGCUCUGAUCUGAGCCUCUGAUCAUUUCAGCUCAAAUAUUUGUGUAAAUUCAAAAGGAGAAAUGUUUUGUAUUGAUCAGGUUUAUCUGCGAUGAUGUGGAUAUAAAAUUCAGAGCGCCGGAGCUCAAAUCGCCAGAAACUCGGCUGAAAUACUUCCUUGAACACUCCAACAGUCAUCAACAUGUGACGUGACUCUAUUAAUAUUUCAUAAAGGAUCACAAAUCCAAAUGAGUGUUUAUAAUUUUUAUUUUGUCGCAUUUCUUUAUGUAUAAUUACCUGUAUAUAUAUAUAUAUAUAUACUGUAUGUUUAUGACUCUGUAAUAACAUAUUAUAUGACUAAUGACUAUUAUUAAGCGGAUAAAAUGUAACAACGCAUUUUAUAUCUUUGCUACCACAGUACUGUAUAUAUGUGUGAUCUGUUCCAACCAAUCUAACAUUGCAGUGAUGUAAUAAACGAAGCAAUUCACAAAUAGCAUAUAAGAACAAUAAAUACAAAAACAAGAAGGGAUGAGGAACGCCAACUGCUCGAAAACGUUGCAGUCUUCUAAAAUAAAUGCAAAACAUCCAAAUCCAAAACUCUUUAAGAUACAACAAAUACUUCGGUAAAUGUAGAGGGGGAAAUGUGCUGUAGGUCAUAGUGCUCUUCAUUUAUUCUCUUACAAUCAGCUAGUGAUCUUUGCUGGAUACCAUCAUCUCUCUGUGGCCAAAUGCUCCAACCAGCUCCGACCGCUGAAACCUACAAAAAACAAACAAACACAAAUCAGCGUUGGAUGAACAAAAACAUGGUUAAAUUAUAAGAAAAAAAUAGGAAUCCCCCGUGUUUAUAAUGUCCAAUGUAAAAAAGAAAAAGAAAAAACAAACUGGGAACAAUUAUUUUAACAUUUUGUUUACAGUUUUAAAAAAAAAAUAGUUAGUCCAUAAGCUAGAAAUCCUGAAGUGCAAUAAAUUGAAGCGGUCAAAGCCAAAAUAUUAAAAUGGAAGAAACCUUUGAUUGGUCAAAAAAUACACAUUAAAGAAAGCAUUACAUGCAAAUUUCUGCAAAUGUAGUGACACUUCUGGUUUUACAAAAGGUUAUAAGAGGAAAAUUCAUUACAGGAAAAUUAACAAAAGGGAGGAGUUCUUUUCCAUCGCUGUCAGUAAGACAAAACAGAGCAGUACAUGUACACAAAGUAAAGCACUUUAUCCCCCAACACAGUAGAGUCCAACUACGAACCAGGUUUUAGCUCAUGGACUACUGGCUACAAGAGCUAAAUAAAGAAACAAGCAUUUUAGAUAAGAUUAGGAAUGCAUAUAUUAACAAUAGGAACUGGGAAGUCCAGAGAAUGCUGUACGUAUCCUUUGAAAAGCAAAUAGUUAUUUUUUCAUAUUUAUAAUCAUUACUUGUGGGGGGGAGUAAGGGCCUGUAAAAAAUGACAAUUACAUGUGUAUAUUUUUAACUUUUACAUUACAAACAUUUGCAAACAAAUUAAAAAUGGAAAGAAAGAUGACAAAGCUGGACGUGUCCCAUAUUGUUUUAGUUUAGAAAUGCUGAUACAGGAUGUUGUAAGACCAUACCAAAUGGCAGCAUUCGAGAGCGUAUGCUUCUCGUACCCGGUCCGCAUUGAGCGGGCCCUGAGAGUAUCUGGGAGUCAGCUCAUGGCCUGCAAGGAAGCUCCGCUGGCAGGUACAAACAAGGUAUGUCAGAGUUAGGAGACAACAUACUUCCUUUUCUGUUUCCUUGCACAUCCUUAACUUUGGCAUCCAUUUACUGUAGUAGCAGUACUUUACCUGUUAACUUUACAGUUUAAAAAAAAA